AUGCAGGAUACUUUAGUGCUCUGCAACCAAGAGGACGCACUGCAAGACCAGAACGGCAACGGCCUUUGCUGGUACAACAGCGACAGGAACUACCUCCGCUGCUGCGUCCAUGCGGACCCAGACUGCUGGCAGGGCAUUUGGGCGACGGAGGGGCUUUGCUGCCAUCCCUUGACAGACACCUACCAGCAAUGUUUUGACUCUAUUGAGCAGAACGUUGAGGCUAAGCUGGGUAAAGUGCGAAAUCUGCGAGCAGAGGCCGAGGCAGUGGGACUGGAGCAGGUAGCUUUGGAUAUCAGCCAGCACAUCUAUUCCUUCGAGGCUUUGCUGGCCCAGCCACUGGCUAUGUGGUCCUACGCAUGCAGUGUCCCUGACAAUCCGCUUAUUUGGAGUCCAUCCUGUGACUGCUGCGACCCACAGGAGCUGCAGUGCGCAGAUGGAGGCCUGCGUCCUGAUGAAGAAGAGAUAUGGCUUCAGUACGCGAGGUGCUGCUUCCCGGUAUAUGAACGGAAGAGUCUAGCUGAAGCAGAUGCAGCACUCCAAAGAAGCAUUGAAGCUGACUUGCAAGCAUUGCGGCCAUUGAGAUCAACCAUUCAACAAGAGGGCCAACAGCUUGCUUGGAACAUGGGUGGAACGUCGCUUGCAAAGGGCUGUUUAAUCUCAAUCCAUGAGAAUGGAACAGUCACAUCAUGCCAGGAGAGCCAUGCCUGUCAUGGUUUUGACUGCUCCUACCUUCGUGCGGUCAUGCUGGCUGUGCGCGUAAUACAGGCAAUCCACCCGCUGCCCCCCAUGGAGUUCAUUCUGAACGCUGGUGAUGAAACGAUCGAGAACACGUUGCCAGAUGCACCGAUUUUCACUCGCACAGGGACACGCUGGACUGCCACAUUGGCAUUGCCCUUUGAGUGGCAGCUGCACCCUACACAAUGUGUUCGAAAGCUCAAAGAGGGCAUGCUGGCGUUGGAGCAGAGCAAGUGGGAGGACCGUGCAUCCAUCCUUGUCUGGAGGGGAACGCAUUCAAAUCUGUGGCAUCCAGAGUGCAGGGCUGCACCGGCAGCAGAGGAUGACUUGAUGAUGGCUAGAUGUGUAAAGUCACCACCUGCCCGCACCCCUGCGUGGAACUUCAGCACAUGGCUCCAGCUGCCUCGGGGCCGGUUGCUUUGGUUAAGCCGUUUCGUUCCAUUUAUUGAUGCCAAGUUAGUCGAGUCCAGCACUCUGCCACCAAUGGCUGAAGACUUGGAGCUCUUCUUGCGGGAUGAAGGGCUCUUUGCUCCGCGGAUGGAUGCUGGUGACUUUCAGCAGUUCAAAUACCAAGUUGCAAUGGAGGGAAAUUGCGCGACUGACCGCCUGUCCUGGCAGCUCUUCAUGGGCUCGGUGGUUCUCAUUCCAGAUCAGCCAUGGCAGGUCAUGUCGCCGCUGAAUUUGCUGGAGCCAUGGAUCCAUUUCGUUCCAGUUGCGUACGAUCUGAGCGACUUGGUGGACCGGCUGUUGUGGCUAAUCGCACACGACGCGGAAGCCAAAGCCAUAGCGCAAAAUGGUGUUGCAUUUGCUCACCGUUCCACGGCUCAAUUCAGCUCGGACACAUCAAAGUUUAUUGUUUCAACUUUGCUCAAAUCUUGA